AUAGCAAACGAGCAAAGCGAAGCACCGAAGCAGAGCGGAGCAGAGCUUGAUCCGAGAGCAAAGCUUGUUCCAUUCCUCCCAACUCACCACUCGCAUCAGCUAGCAGCGUCGCCGCGGUCCUCGUCGACCUCCGACCGGCGGGGAGAAGCUCAUCACACGAGAUGGCGCGUCAGGAGGCGAUGCCGCUGCUGACGCCGUUCAAGGCGGGGCGGCUCGAGCUCGCCCACCGGGUGGUGCUCGCGCCGCUGACCCGGUGCCGCUCCUAUGGCAACGUGCCGCAGCCGCACGCCGCCGUGUACUACUCGCAGCGCGCCACCAGGGGCGGCCUCCUCAUCACGGAGGCCACGGGCGUGUCCACCACCGCGCAGGGGUACCCGGAGACCCCCGGCAUCUGGACGCCGGAGCAGGUCGAGGCGUGGAAGCCCAUCGUCGACGCCGUCCACCGCAAGGGCGCCCUCUUCUUCUGUCAGAUGUGGCACGUCGGCAGGGUCUCCACCAACGAUUUUCAGCCUGACGGACAGGCGCCCAUCUCGAGUACGGACAAGCAAAUCUCCCCGGACGCCGAGCCCGGCAUGGUGUACUCCAAGCCGCGGCGGCUGCGGGCAGACGAGAUCCCCGGAAUCGUCGACGACUUCCGGCGCGCCGCGAGGAACGCCGUCGAGGCCGGGUUCGACGGCGUGGAGAUCCACGGCGCCAACGGGUACCUCCUCGAGCAGUUCAUGAAGGACGGCGCCAACGACCGCGACGACGAGUACGGCGGCAGCCUGGAGAACCGGUGCCGCUUCGCCGUCGAAGUCGUCGACGCCGUCGUCGGCGAGGUGGGCGCGCACCGCGUGGGCAUCAGGCUGUCGCCGUUCCUCGACUACAUGGACUGCGCCGACUCCGACCCGGCGGCGCUCGCCGGCUACAUGGUGCGGCAGCUCAACAAGCACGAUGGCUUCCUCUACUGCCACAUGGUGGAGCCCCGGAUGGCCGUCGUCGAUGGCCGCAGGCAGAUCCCGCACCGGCUGCUGCCGUUCCGGAAGGCGUUCAAUGGCACGUUCAUCGCCGCCGGCGGGUAUGAUCGGGAGGAAGGCAACAAAGUUGUGGCUGAGGGCUACACCGACCUUGUCGCCUAUGGGAGGCUCUUCUUGGCCAAUCCGGACCUACCCAAGAGGUUUGAGCUUGGCGCACCGCUGAACAAGUAUGAUCGUUCCACCUUCUACACGCAGGAUCCUGUUGUUGGCUACACGGACUACCCGUUCCUUGACGAGGAGAACAAUGGGCCAGCUGCAAAUGAUGCUUAAUCAUCCAAUUAUUCGAUUGUACUUAAUAAAGUGUUUCGUUCUUGAGAUCGAGGCACAAAUUUAAUUUGUUUUCGCUGUUCCUCCUAAUUGUUGGUUUUCGUCGUAUCCAGAAUAAAAUGUCAACUCGGUUUGACCAUGUAGCCCUUA